UGCAAUGACUGCGGUAAAUCUUUCACAUGUACUAAUUAUCUUUGCAGGCAUGAAAGCAGUCAUACUGGAGAGAAACUUUCUAAAUGCACUCUAUGUGGUAAAGCCUUUCCCUAUUCCACUGAUCUUGUACGGCAUAAAAGAACACACACUGUUGAGAAGCCUUACAAAUGUAAUCAAUGUGGUAAACCCUUUGCACAAAACAGUCAUCUCAAAAGCCAUACAAGAACACAUACUGGAGAGAAACCUUAUGAAUGUAACCAGUGUGGUAAAGCCUUUGCACAAAACAGUCAUCUCACAAGACAUAAAAGAACACACACUGGACAGAAACCUUAUGAAUGUAACCGAUGUGGUAAACCCUUUGCAGAAAACAGUACUCUCAUACGGCAUAAAAGAACACACACUGGAGAGAAACCUUAUGAAUGUAAUGAGUGUGGUAAAGCCUUUGCAGAAAACAGUACUCUCUUAAGCCAUAAAAGAACACACACUGGAGAGAAACCUUAUGAAUGUAGUGAGUGUGGUAAAGCCUUUGCAGAAAACAGUACUCUCUUAAGCCAUAAAAGAACACACACUGGAGAGAAACCUUAUGAAUGUAACCAGUGUGGCAAAGCCUUUGCAGAAAACAGUACUCUCUUAAGCCAUAAAAGAACACACACUGGAGAGAAACCUUAUGAAUGUGAUAAGUGUGGUAAAGCCUUUGCAUUAAACAGUCAUCUCGUAAGUCAUAGAAGAACACACACUGGAGAGAAACCUUAUAAAUGUAACCAAUGUGGUAAAGCCUUUACAGAAAACAGUACUCUCAUACGGCAUAAAAGAACACACACUGGAGAGAAACCUUAUGAAUGUAACCAGUGUGGUAAAGUCUAUGCACAAAACAGUCAUCUCAUAAGACAUAAAAGAACACACAUUGGAGAGAAACCUUAUGAAUGUAACCAGGGCAGUAAAGCCUUUGCACAAAAAAAGUCAUCUCAUAGGCAUAAAAGAAAACAUACAAGAAAGAAACCUUAUGAAGAUACCGAAUGUGGCAAAGCCUUUGCACAGCAGAGUGGUCUCCAAAAACGUGAAAAAACACACAAGCUGGGCCUUUUCCGCCAACUGUCUAUAGCUGAGGUCACCCAGCUCUUGCAGCAGCUGGUCGUUGGCUUCAACACCCAGAGGAGAGUCAGCCCUACAGUCACACAGGUGUCUGGAAUUGGAACGUGCCUAUUGGGACCUUCUAUGCUUCCCCCGGUGGCUUUACAAGAAAUUUGCAAUAUUACUCUUGUAAAUUCAAGCUUUACAUAUAUUGCUGCACCUAAUGGCACUUAUUUUGCCUGCUCCACUGGUCUUACUCCUAAUCUUCGUUGGAGCUGGUACAGGCAUAGUCUCCCUAAAUACCUCCCAGCAACAAUUAAUCAACUCUCCCUAGCAGUGGACAAAGACCUACAAGAUUUGCAGAAAGGCUUACAGGACCUAAAAGAUUCUAUGGUGUCUUUAUCUGAGGUAGUUUUACAAAACAGUCGUGGUCUAGAUUUGGUUUUUCUCCAGGAAGGUGGACUCUGUGCUGCGCUCAAGGAAGAAUGCUGCUUUUACACUGACAAAACAGGUUUAGUGCAAAGCAGUAUUGAUAAGUUUUACUCCAGUUUGGAGGAACAAAAAUGGAACAGAGGAAAACAAGAGUCCUGGUAUCAAAAUUGGUUUUCCACAUCCCCAUGGCUAACCACUCUGCUUCCCAGUCUGCUAGGACCUUUUGUAGGUAUCCUUUUGCUUCUCUCUUUUGGCCCCUGGGCCUUUAAUCGAUUGACAAGCUUUGUUAAGAGUCAGGUGGAUUCUGCAAUCAAGCCAGUGGGAGUCCAUUACCAUCGCCUCGCCACGGAAGAAGAGUCUACCGUUGACCUGCCAGAGGACCAAAACAACCCCACAUCUUGA